CAAAAAAUUAAUAUUUAGAUCAUAUUAUAUUCCAUAUGUAGAAGUUUUUACUCGCGUGUGCAGUUAUUCGAUGAGAUCGCGGCCUAUUGUUUCGUUUUACGAAUUUAAAACGCCAUUUUGUCGAACACUGGUUUUAUUUAUGUGUUGUGUUGUUUAUAUUUUACUGUUAUGUUAAAAGUUUUUACGUUUUCACGGCCGGAGUGAUAUUUUUUAGCAAAACUUUUGUUGUACGGGAUAUGUGUCUGUGAAUCUGUGUACCGUAAACAACACGAAUAUGUUCUGUGUACAAGAAUCAGAGCAUAAAGACCCGUUUGCGGCCAGUGACCAAGAUCCGCUCGGCGCAGCGCCCUCGGAGUCGAGUGACGAUGAGCCAGCAGCCAAGAGACACAAGUCCUUUGAGUCUCCAUCCCUCAACCUCAAAGUGUACCAGAUACCGGCAUUCAAUACGCCGAACUCACUCGCCAUAUACCCCACAACCCCUGCGCUACCCAAAUUUGUUAAUAAUCCACUAAAUUUGGCGAAUCCGUUAGCGUUUGCGACUAGUAAUUUGGAACCAACUAAUUUUGUCAAAGGAUUGCAUAGCAGAUAUUCCCUGCCAGCAAAACUGACAAUAACACCGGUGCAGACGCCGACGAAAGUGUGCGAAAAUGGUGAGAUCAUACGGUACAAAAAGAACGGAGAGGUGGCCAAGAAACGAGGACCGCCCAAAGGAUAUAAAAGGAAACCCAAAGCUGACCUGUCGCAGAGUUACAACAAUGGCAUGUUGCAGGCCCAAAACACGAUACUGACGAGUCUCCUGGCGGCGAACCACACGUCGCUGCUGAACUCUAGCACCCCGCCCGCGCCCACGCCCAUAGUCGCUCCACAAGUCACAAUAGUGCCGCAAAUCAAAGUGCCCGAGGGAACUGAGGUAGUAGAACUCCUCCUGGACCCUGAAGACUGGUUCCCCCAGGAACCGUACAGGAUGGUGUUCAGCAGGAAAAAGAAUCCCAAGUGGAAGAACUUCCCUUACAGAUGUGAACAUUGUUUUAAGGGCUACCGCGUGGCGUCGACGCUGGUGUCGCACGCGGCGGAGCGGCACGGCGCGGUGCCGGCGGCGCUGGCGCUGGCGUGUCCGUGCUGCCCGCACGUGUCCACGCGCCGCAAGCACCACAAGAAGCACCUCGAGACGCACCAGGGCCGCCGCCACAGGAUCUUCUGCCUCUACUGCCUGCCACUGCCUGAACCCAACGCCCCCUACAAAAAAGAAUCAGAGCGGUUUCCGUUCGACAAAUUCCCGCAAUAUUGGUACGCGUCGGAAGAGUCGCUGCGGCUGCACAAGAAGCGAAAACAUCCUUACGCGGGCCUCUUCAAUUACAACUGGCAUGGCACUUGGAUGGACUACCAGCCCAACAGCUAAUAUUCCAACUAAAUAUACAGGUAAUAUAAACAUGAUAAGUUUCGAGGCUAAUUAAUUUAAACGACAUGUUUAUAAUUUAAAAUAUAUCCAUUUUUAAAGCGUGUGUCGUUUAGGUUAAUUUUUCUUACAACUGUCGAAUUAGGGUAAUAUGGCCAUGUUGGGACAUGCUAAGAUCUCCCUGUAAUGGUAGGGUUAGACUCCAGUGCGUAGACGAGGUCUACUGACCGAAAUUGUUUUUAGUGAUUUUAGUUUUAUAAUUUUUGAAAAUUUGUCUGAUAUAAGAAUCAAGACGAAUUUUAAACACGGGCGAAAUUAAAGUUAUAAAUUGUUUGCGUAUUUGAAAUCACUAAAAUAUAUGUUAGGUUUUCUAGUAUGUUUCACUUUACGAUAUCAACAUUGGCCUUAUUAGACACUCUUCAAUCAGUAUGUAACCUUUGACAUGCAUAUUGUUUGUUUGCGAUGCGCAAGAGCAUACGUUCAAUUUAGUGAGAAGGGAUUAAAAGGACGCGCUUUCUAAGCGUUACUACCUCUGAACUUCAUAUAAAAUGAUUAAUUAAAUUACAUGGUGUUCACAUUUAAAUCAGAUUAAUUUUCAAUUGUUUUUUCUAUCGCGUCUUAUAUUGCACUUUCAUAUCGUUUUAUAAUGUUCCAUAAGGCAGAUAGAAAACAAAUUAUAUUUGUAUUAAGCUACCUUUUUAUAAAAGGAUUUGGAUUUUAAGUGAACAGCCUGUAUAGACGGCGGCCAUUUUAGCUCAAAAAUCACUGUAUUUAUUUAUGUUAUUUGUGGUAUUUUUUUAUAUUUUUAUCUGUUGGCGUAAUUAGAAAUAUUCUGGACUUAGUUUCUUUUUUUAUAAUAAGGGUGUUUAAACUGCCCAACACUGCCAGAAAAAAAUAUUAUAAUUACUUAAAUUAAAUAAAAUCCAGUGAUAUUUCCUCUUCCUUUAAAAUGAAUUACGCCAGCAAGAAUUAUCUUGAACAUUCAUCCUCAACAGCUAUGUACAAAUAACAACUGUAAGUAUUGAUUUAGUAUUAUUUAGUAAUAAUUUUAAUUGUCACUGGCAACUCUGUAUAGUAGGAUUUUAGUUUAGUAGUAAUUUUAAUUUUAUAUGGCAACACUGAUGACACAAUUUUGUGUUUUUACUCUUAUAAUAAUGGCAGCUAAUGAUUGUAAUCAUGUGUGAUGAUUCCUAAUAUUUUGUCACAAGAAAUUUAAAUUAUUGUUUAUGUAACUAUACAGCAAUAUAUUCUUAGAUCUCAUUGCCCACCAGUGGGCCACGUGGCCCGUUAUAGCGACAUCUAAUAUUUGCAAUAACAUUGGCAGCUCUAGAACAUAGAUAGUUAUAUUUAUUUUAUAGUAACAUUGAAAUACUAUAACAACUGAUUUAAAAAAUAAUUAUCGUCUGGUUAUUAAUAUUGUUUUAAAAUUAUUUAUUGCUAUGGAUAGUAAUCGCAUUUUUAAUAUGGCAGCUACCCGCGAAUUAUAAUGACGCCCCGAACCUAACAUCAGUCUAACAUUUAAUUAUAAAAAAAAACUUGAAAAGAUCAUGUAAAUUCAUACUUCCAUUGAUUAUAUUAUUUGGUGAAUAAAAAACAUUUUUCUUACUGUUUUUUGUUGACGAUGAUCGUUGCUGGUGGCGAGAUGUAGCUGAUCAGGCCAGUAAUUCUUUGCAUAAUAUUUUAUUUAUUAUAUAUUUUUAUUGUAAACGGGAAAUUUCAAUGAAAAAAAUGUUAAAAUUAACAAUCCCAGUAUAUAUAACAUUGUGUUGUGCCUACCCCACGUUGAACAGGGGCUAUAGGGGCAUGUACCUACUAGCUGACACUAAAGUUUAAGAAUCGUAUCCCAUAUUUUUUUUUGUUUGUAAAUAUAUAUAAUUAUAUAAAUUCCCACGUAAUUUUAAACCUAAUAUUAACGAUCAUAGAGUUUGUUUAAUGGCAUGAAAUUUUUUCGUAUGAUUAAAUAUUUUUUUUUUUUUAUUGUCACGAAAAACUUAGUGGGGAAUUAUGCACGCAAUUUUAAUAAAAUAAAAAAGGCAAUAUUAUAGUGUCUUGGUAGAAAGUAACGGAAAUAGACGCUUCUAUAAAAAUAAUGAUAAAUGAUUGCGCAGUGUUAGAAAAUAUUCGAGGGGGCUAGGACCCCCCAGACGGCGUUUAACACGUAGAUUGUAUGAAUUAGUGCCUUCGUAGAGAGGGCACGUGUAUUGCCUGUAGUUGUCCGUGUUGAAUGUGUACAGGAUGUUCAAUAAUAGUGUAAAAAUACUUCGUAAAAGAAAAAAAAAGUACGCAACAGAAACACGUCCCAUACUUUGAAUAUUUUCCGUGGCAGAUUUUUUAUAGCAAAAAACACUCAAUGACACCUGUAUGCAUGGUUGAGUAUACUAGUAUGUAAAAAGUACAAUCUCACUAUACGCGGAUAUUUUUUUAACUAUAACAUACAAAAAAAUCUUGAAACAAAUGAUCAUAUUCCGAUGAUAUAUCGCUUUUGAGCAAUUUAUUUAGAAUUCACCGUUUGAAGAAAAGGACAAAGAAGAUAUUUUGUACACGCGGAUUUCUAUAAUCUAUAAAAAAAAUAUCUAAAUUCAGGCACCCUUUUACCAUUUCUAAUUUAAUUUUUCGCGUAAUGACAUAAAUGAUUAGCAAGACACCGGCAAAGAUUUUUAUAUACCCUUAUUUCGUUUAAAGUUGGAUUGGAAUAGCCCACCGUGAUGCUUUCAUUCAAAUUGGUGGGGUCUUGUUGGUGCCUCGUUCGUUAAUAGUCAUAUUAAGAUUAGAAUGUCUUGUUUAGAGAGAAUCAAAUUGUACAAUCUCUUGAAAAGUGAGUAACAUAAAGCACGCGAAUGUGCGUCUAAUAACCGCGUAAAACGAAACCGCGCAAGUCGAAUCCGCGAAUAGUGAGAUGCCACUUAACACACCCUGUAUCGCAAUAUAUUGUACAAACUAAGGAGCAAACAGUAUUUUUAUAUGAACAUUUUUCAAUGCAUUUACAUAGUUUUUAGGAUUUUUUGAUAGCGUUUAUAGUAUCACAAAAGACCAAAAUAUUGUCAGUAUUAGCAUUAGUCGGAUGUAAGUUUGUAUAUACUAUGUUACGCGCUUCGCACUACGUAUACUGUAUAAUUGUCAUAAGGAAUGCGUAUAAAAAUGAAAACAGUUCACGGCACUGAAUUAGAAAUCCCUCCACAAGUUCCACCGCUCCCUUUCUAAUAAACGUUAUUGAUCAGACUAAUCUGUUUUUUCUUUAUUGAAUAAGUAAUUGAGUGAAGAAGACAAACUUAGUAUAGUAUUCGGCAGUAAUAUUACAUACAUAGAAUCAGAAAGUCCAUAAAGUGAUGAGUGAGACGUGGCAGCCGAAGCUUGCAGUUAUUUUUGGAAGAUUUUUUAUUUCGAACUUUAAUGUUUACUGUCUUGAUUUUUUACUAAUUCAUAACGUUUAUUAGUGAGGCAUGUUCGGUGACUUACUAGUUUUGAUAUUGUUGUCAUUUUUUUGGAAAAAUAAACAGAAAAUACAUUUACAAUUUGCCGUAUUUAUUAUUAUUCGUACGGUAUUUUUGUAUCAACUAUUUCAUGUACAGACGCAACUAAAAUACUUGAAAAUAGUGAUUAAUCUUGAUCAUCCGGCUCGAAGGACCAAAAAUUUUUUGACAGAUUUUUCUGAAAAACGCAACGCCACGUUUGAUCAUAAAAAUAAACACUCCAUUUGAUCUUGAGAUAUUAAAUCUCGUUUACUGAAAUUUGUAGUACAUUUAUAAUUUUCUGUACUUAAGAUUGUUUCACUAUUUUUAAGCAUCAAAUGACGUAGCUAAGAUAAUGUAAGACACGUAAUACGCUUCCAUAGAAUAUUACCUAAUUAAUAAGUUUUAAUGUUACGGUGUAUCAAAUCAGUAGAUAUUGGACAAACAUUUCACGAUGAUUGUGACGGAGUUUGCCGCGUACCGAUAUCCAAAAAAAUAUUUGGCAAAUGUCGUACGUUACAUUUGAAAAUCAAUUAAAUCAUGGUAAUUUAAAAUCUUUAUUAAGUCAGCGAAAUUUUCGAAUAAGUUUGGCUUGAACGGUGUUCCAAAAUUUAAGGAAGUUUGCAUUGUAUAGUAAAUUGACUACCUUUCGUAAUAUCUGUGGGGCUGACAUAUGCUUAGUUGCAAACGAGAGUCGGAAAUGACUGUUCGUAUUAGAUUCAUAGAUAUUAGAAUGGUAACUUUUGAGGUGAUUGUUGGGUUUAUUUGUCAACACUUGCUUUGAAGAUAGUCACAAAUGUCGGUUUCAGACCUUUAUGGUUAUAAACUAUAUUCAGAUUUAUGGUCAUAGAUUUGAGCCACCGUCAGUCCUGUCCAAUGUACGGCAGUUAUGUACGUGUUGCCGUGUACCACCGAAGCGCAUGCGCGCGUUGUAUUAAAGACUAAAUACAAAUACUCCAGUAAUGUAAAUUAACUUUUUUACGACUAUGUGUAUGUAAAUAAAGAAUUUGUAAUAAU